AUGAGCACAUGCACAUCGAGCGAAACCCUGAGGCAAAAGGAACACCACGGAGACGACCCGGUCGACAACCAUGACCCUCCCACCGCCUCACCAGAAACCAACGCCCACUCCACCAUCGACAACGCCCCAGACUCCUUCCCGGACGGCGGUCUCGCAGCCUGGUCCGUCGUGCUCGGGUCCUGGUGCGCCUUCCUCCCCACAUUCGGCUUCAUGAACACAACAGGCGUCUUCACGGACUGGCUGGCAACAAACCAGCUGGCGGGGUAUUCCCGCAGCGACGUCUCCUGGAUCUUCAGCCUGUACAUGUUCUUCCUGUGGUUCGGGGGCGUGCAGGUCGGCCCAAUCUUCGACCGCUACGGCCCCCGCCACCUCGUCACAGCCGGCACAAUCGGCCUCACGGGCGCAGUCAUGGCCUUCAGCGUUUCAACUUCGUACUACCAGUUCAUCCUGAGCUUCGGCGUCCUCGGCGGGAUCUCGGCGUCCCUCCUCGCCAACCCCUCCAUCUCAAUACUAAACCACUGGUUCUACCGCCGCCGCGCGUUCGCAACAGGUCUUGCCGUGACGUCCGGCGGAAUAGGCGGGAUAAUCUUCCCGCAGAUCUUCAACGCGCUCGCGCCGAAGGCCGGGUUCGGGUGGGCCGUUCGCACGCUGGGGUUCAUGACGCUGCUGUUCUGCGGGCUUGGUGCGAUACUCCAGCGCUCAAGGCUGCCUGCGAACGAGAGUAGUCGGAAGACUGUGGACCUGCGGGUUCUUGCAGAGAGGGGGUUCGGACUCUCAGCCGUGGCGAUCAUCUUCGCGGAUAUCAGCGCGACUAUCCCGCUUACGUAUCUCACGUCUUAUGCAAGGAGUAAAGGGAUGAGCGUGGACCAGAGCUACACGCUCAUGUCGAUCCUCAAUGCAACCAGUAUCGUUGGCCGCCUGAUGCCCGGGUAUGCAGCGGACCGCUGGGGCCGGUUCAACACGAUGAUUAUAACAACAGGCAUCUCCACAAUCCUCACAUUCGCGCUCUGGCUAAGCAGCGGCACAAACCACGCCGCGAUCAUCGCGUACGCCGCGCUCUUUGGCUUCUGGUCUGGCUCGGCGAUCAGUCUGUCACCCGUAUGCGUGGCGCAGAUCUCGCGGACCGAGGACUUCGGGAAGAGGUAUGGCACUGCGUAUACGCUUGUUGCGCUGGGCGUGCUUGUGGCGCUGCCUGUUGCGGGCCAGAUACUUGAGGGACAAGGGGGGGAUACGUACUGGGGGCUGAUUGUGUUUACGGGGGUGGCGUAUGCGCUCUCUGCCUUGUUUUGGGGGCUGGCGAGGGGCGUUUGUGCCGGGUGGAGGGUUUGGAUGAAGUUUUGA